AUGGAAGCCAUGACCCUGCCCGUCAAGCCUACAGGCUCACCAGCCGCAGUCCCAACUCCAGAAACAGCAAGGCCAGAAAGAAAUGAAGAAAAUGAACCUACCCAGCCAUCAACGCAGACAAAAAAAUAUCUACACCGCAUAUCCCUUCAUCCAACACUAACACCCUACCGCCGACGCGUCUAUCGUGUCCUCCUCUCUGUCCCAGCAGGUCGCUGGACGACUUACUCUGCAAUGGCGACGUAUCUGGGGUCCAGUGCGCGCGCUGUGGGAAAUGCAAUGAGGAGUAAUCCCUUUGCACCGGAGGUGCCGUGCCAUCGUGUCCUUGCGGCGAAUGGGACGCUGGGUGGGUAUAAAGGGGAAUGGAAGGUGGAUGGACAUAAAGCUGGUGGGGGAUUCUGCGAAGAAAAACGCCUCAGACUUGAAGAGGAGGGGGUGGUUUUUGUUGAUGGGAAAGUGAGCGGUGUUUGUUUCAGGGAGUUUGUCGACUUUGGAAAGAAGUGA